UAUAGGCUUAGAAAGUGACCUCAAAAUGGAUGCCCAACAGCAAAGCAUCAUUGCGUCGAAGAUGUUUAUCAACAUCAGUAUCCUAUCGAUAGCCCUGAACUCGUCCUUUUUCGGUUAUUUGCUCUACAGUAAUCGUCUGUAUGAUGUGGGAAAGUGCUGUUCUUCGGCUGUAUUGCUAAUUUUACCAUUAUCGGAGGUAUUGAAACAUUUCUACAUCAAGCAUGCAUUUCAACUAGAAACCGGACCCAAACCAACCAACCCUCAGCCGUCGUCCGGCAGAGGCUCUGGAUCAGCGAACGUAAAAGCCGCCAGAGCACGCUGGCGAGAAUGGUUCGGAUCGACGGUAUUGUUCGCAUUGACCACACUCUUCUACGGUUUCAUAUGCGUUGUGGUUGGCGCACCAUUGGAUCAGUACGAAGAAACGUUGUCCUUAGCGGUGACCCUCACGACGGUAACGAUAUUUCCGAUUAUUCUUCUCAUUGGCCAAUCCCAAACCUAUCAACUGCUACUAUCGGAGACGCUCGAGCUGAAAAGCCCGUUAACCAACAGUUAUCUGAAUUUGCUGAAGAACAAUUGCAUCGGUGUCAUUUUGGGAGCAUGGGGUGCGUCGGUGGUAGCUCCGUUAGAUUGGGAUCGUCCAUGGCAGGUGUAUCCCAUCCCCAAUGUGGUCGGCUCGAUAGGUGGACUGUUCGGUAUGAAUGUAUUUAAUCUGCUCAGCACGGCGUACAUUAGCAUGUAUCGUAAUCGGCGGUCCAAAACUCUGUAA